GUGCUUCGGCCUCCCCUGUGCAGUUCCAUCAGAUUUUAAUUUACCCUCUCUCCUGGCAAUUGAUCCAAAUGCACCCUCACCAAUCACACGACUCUUAUCAGUUAAAAAUGACGAUGAAAAGCCAGAGUUUGUUGCGAGAAGCCUUUCACCAGACAGUUGCCGGAGGGUCUGCGGGUGUUUGGCUGUCUUCCAAAGGUCUUGUGGAAAUUUGUCUGAUGCAUCCCCUCGAUGUGGUGAAAACCAGGUUCCAAAUUCAAAGAGGGCAAGGUGAUGCCACCAGUUACAGGAGUCUUGGCCAUUGCUUUAAAACAAUGUUUCAUCAGGAAGGAAUUCUUGGCUUUUACAAAGGAAUCUUACCGCCCAUCCUGGCUGAGACACCAAAAAGGGCUGUGAAGUUUCUAACUUUUGAACAAUACAAGAAGAUAUUAAGUUAUGCCUCAUUGCCUUCUGGUGUGAUUUUUACAGUUGCUGGACUUGGAUCUGGACUCACUGAAGGUGUUGUUGUCAACCCUUUUGAAGUGGUCAAGGUGAGCUUACAAGCUCAGCGGAAUUCUUUUUCAGAGCAACCAUCCACAUUUGCUUAUGCACAUGAAAUAAUUCGAUCUCAGGGUUUUGGACUCAGGGGCCUGAACAAGGGACUGACAGCAACAUUGGGUCGUCAUGGUGUUUUUAACAUGAUCUAUUUUGGAUUUUACUUCAAUGUGAAAAGUAUUAUUCCUGUAAAUGAGGACCCAGCAAUGGAGUUCCUGAGGAAACUUGGAAUAGGAUUAUUGUCAGGAACGAUUGCUUCUUGUGUUAACAUACCUUUCGAUGUUGCAAAGAGCAGAAUCCAAGGACCACAGCCUAAGUCAGGAGUGAUAAAAUACAAAACCUGUAUUAACACAAUCAGAACUAUCUAUAGGGAGGAAGGGUUCUUCGCAUUGUACAAAGGCUUGCUGCCUAAGAUCAUGCGCCUAGGACCAGGAGGUGCAGUUAUGCUUUUGGUUUAUGAAUAUUCAUUUGCGUGGCUUCAGGAAAACUUCUGAUUCAAACAGAACAGGAUAUCGCUGAAAGAUUUGUAUUUUCUUAUGAAACAUCAUGUUACACCCUCAACAAAUUUUAGUAAACAUGCAGAAAAUUAUUUUAGAGGACAUUCAUCAGAAUCCGUAUUCAAAGCAAACAAUAUUAUAUCAUUAAAAAGUACGUUUUCAUGUCAAUAAAUUAAUCUAACAUGAUUAACUGAAAAGUACAAUAAUUUUUACAUCUCUGAAUAAAACACAUACUUUGUAAUUCACAUUUUUAAUUUAGAUAUGAUAUAAAAAUAAAAGGCAUUCUUACAAAUAUAUACAGGUAAAGCCUAAUGAUUUACACCCUUUUUAAUUUUUUUUACAUCCAUCUUGAACUUUAUUAGGGAACAGAUUUUAUAGAAUGUUUUGAUGAGAACUGACAAAAUAGCUGAACCUAUUUCAUUACAGGAACAUGAGAAUUAGCAUACUUCAAAAAAAGUUUAGGUUUCAACAUAAAUUGUUUGCCAGAUUAUUUAUGCUUUAUGAGGAUUGCAGAUUUGAUUUGCUGCCUAAUUACCUAAUUUACUGACAUUUCAUAGAUGAAGUAAUAAUUAUAAUUAAAUACAAUUUAUAAGCAUUCUUUUUACCACCACCAUUAUCCUCACAAAAAAGAACGAUUAUUUACAUAAAUGUAAACUUCACAGCAAGCUGAUGUACAUUCAUUUCAAAUAGAAACUUCCUUGAAAUUAUCAUGAAAAUAUGUUAACUUUUCAUCUGAAUUGUAGGGUCAAUGCUAAAGCCAUCAUCUAGAGCAGAAGUUGCUUUUCACAGUGGUUACGCUAUAAGUCCACGAUUUGAGUCCAUUUAAAGCUUUCACGUGAAGCUUGAACCUUCUGAUCAACUUCUUAAGACAUUUGUUCAGGUCUUCAAAUAGCUAACUUUAUACCCUAGCUGUGUUUGACCCUGUGAGCCUGCAUAGGAUCCUGUAGAUUUACUUGGAGGGCUGUUUGACUUUGUGUCCUCUGCUGAAGAAAGAAAAUGUCCUUCGUAAAACAUGCUGAACCUUCUACUGUAAGUGCAUAAAAUAAUAAAAUAAAGUCCAGUUUUUCAAGUGUAUGGGCAUUCUGCCAUUGAUGAAUAUGUUUUCCAGAAACCUAACAGUAACAGUUAGGGCGAAGAGUCUUACACAAUAAUACAAAAAUAAAUUUUGCCAUUUUAUUUGUAUUUACAAAGAAGAAUAUCUCUAUUCCAUAAUUAAUUCUCCCUACAAUCAAUUCUUACCUUACUAAUUAAUUAAAUUACAAUGCUUUGCCUUGUUCUGUGGGUCCAAUUACUUAGAUGUUAUUUCAUUAACAGAAGGUAAUGCUAUCUACAUAAACACAUGUAUUUAUUUUUAGUUUUGCAAAGCAUACACCACGUGGGAUCAGAUUUUCAAUUGAAGUAUAAGUAUUGGUGCAAAAGUCCGUGAAAAUUUUCUUCAUAAUUCUUGAUACUGUUUUCCUCCAAAUAUUAGAAACAACACAGCACAUUAUAGAAUUGUUCUCAUAAAAUAAUCUGAAUGAAUAAUCGAUACAUUGGAUAUUUUUACAAUAAUCUGCAUAUUUUUUGCAAAGUAUUUAAAAUAGGCUUUUUUUUUAAAAAAGCCUUCGAAUGGAGCCUGGAUCAACAAAUUAAAAAUGUUAAAUGACCUGGGAUACUUGUGACAAGUUCAAAUUAGUUAGUCAACUGUAUUUGUACCUAUAAUAGCAUGAUGUUUUGAAAAUCUGUUGCUCUGAAAUUUUACGUUUAAUCUAUUAUUACAAUUUCCAAUAAUAUUGCCACCUUCCCUUAACAUGGCACUUAAUGACAUUUGCCAUCACAUUUCCUUGCUAUGCAUAAAUUUGGGAUUUUCCAAAUCAUAUUUACUUUGUAACUAGAGGUGAUGCUAUUCUGUGAAUGAAUGUAAAAAUUGUCCUCUCAGAGAAAGUAAGACGGAACACUGUGUUUCCUUACUCAAAUGAAAAUGCUCACUUUUUAAGAUUCGAAUCAUUGUCUCAGGCAUAUAGUGAUAAUAAGUUUUCCUUGUACUCAAUUUGGGCUUCAGUCCUGACCUUCACGUUCUUUAAAUGCCAAUUGUGUUAAUAUCUGUGUCCUGCAGAAGACUGGGUUCCAGUGAUAAAAUGAGAGAGAUCGAGCUAGUAUUUCAUGGAGAUUCAAAGUGAUCUGAAUUAAAAAAAGUCAAAGUUUUUGAAUUUCCAUAAAAUGUGCAUCUCACCCUGCCUGGAUCAAAGUACUUUCUUUAAUGCUAUGUUGGCAUUAAACUGCUUUGUAUUGUAAUUAACUACUACAAUGCGGAGGCUAUAAUGGAAUGGCUACCUUCUCUGGUUGCUUGAAUACUUUUGAAUGGCAGUGGUGUGGGAAGGUCACAACUAUGAGUUGGUAGUGUGCUGCCACCUGAAUGUUGCCAGCCGUGGGUUGCCAUGUAACUGGAGGCAGCUGCACUGUAUGUCAUAUAGGGAGAUACUUGUGCAGGUGGAGGAUAAGGAGCCAUACUUGGAACAGAGACAAAGCUGCUAACUGUAGGCAGACCAUUAGGACCCUGGAAGAUUAAAAAAAAAGUUAAAUUAUCUUAAUAAAGAGAAAAUAAGCCAACUAUAAUUACUUUGUAUUAUGUUAUUGAUGUUAGCAGAAUGUACCACAGAAUGCACAACAAGACUAUGUCAUGAAAAAUUACAUGAAGUAUGUUUAUAACUUAAGCCACGUUGAUGUAAAAUUUUGCAUGAAUGACAAAUCUGAACCAACAGUGCCAAUUUAUUUUAUGUAUUACUGUAUUCCUUAACAGUAUAGAAGUAUCCACUUCAUAGUUAUCUGGAAGUAUUAGAUAAUACUACCAAUACGAAAACGGAUGUACUAUUUUAAGUGAAACCAAUGCACAAUGUCGAUUGAUUUAUAAAGAGUGACAUUUUAAAAUGUUAAAUAUAUGUGAAUAUUCGAAGAUUAAGUGACUGAUAAAAUGUGGGAAAU